AUUAGCAUGAUCGAGCACCACUGAUACAGACCCUCCUCCAGCUCCCUGCAACAGCUUACUCAAUUCUCCAUCGUCCUCGUCCUCGUCCUCGUCCUCAUUCUCCUUUUCGUCGUCGUCGUUCCGCAGAAAGAGAGAGAGACAGGGAGGUUGUAGUCUAGAGAAGAGUCAUGGAGAAUAACGGAAGCAAGUAUGAUGGAGUAGACGUAACGUUGGAAACGCCUAGGUACGAGGAGGGAGGGAAGCUAAUGAACGGCGGGACCGAGACGCUGCUGAGGCUGGUCCCGAUGGGACUGUGUGUGAGCGCCCUGGUGAUCAUGCUCAAGAACUCCCAGUCCAGCGACUACGGCUCCAUCUCCUACUCCGACCUCGGCGCUUUCAGGUAUUUGGUGCAUGCAAAUGGGAUAUGUGCGGGGUACUCUCUGCUUUCAGCCAUAAUCAUAGCCAUGCCCCGCCCUUCCACCAUGUCUCGAGCUUGGACCUUCUUCUUCCUCGAUCAGGUGCUCACGUACGUGAUCUUAGCAGCGGGAGCCGUCUCCGCCGAGGUCCUGUUUCUUGCAUACAAGGGGGACGCAGCCAUCACGUGGAGUGAAGCUUGCGGCUCAUUCGGCGGGUUUUGCAGGAAAGCCACAGCCUCGGUGGCCAUCACACUAGCGGCAGUAGCUUUCUAUGCAGUCCUUUCGCUUAUCUCCUCUUACAAGCUCUUCAGCAGAUUCGAUACCCCGGUCCCCAUCCCACCUCCAUCUUGCACCGGCAAGGGCAUCGAAGCCCCCAACAACUUCUAGGGAGGGAUCCAAUUUUAACGAUCUUCCGGAGUGCUUUGAAACCUUCGACUAAGUGUAUCUUCGAGCCAAAAUAAUAUGGUCAGCAGAACUAUGGUUUUGUGGUAUUCCAAAGUGUUUUCAAGAACCUGAAUGUGUGACAAUGUAAUAUAUAAUGGGCACUCAAUGUGCCUAAACAGUGUGUUAAAAAUGUAACGAAGGAGAACGCUAAAUCUAAGAUACAAGUUUGCCGUAACAA